AUGUUGCGUUGCAACGAAAUACGUCUCGAUGAGCUCGUGGCGUCCACUGACCAUGCGCUUCGCGCCAAUGUCAAGUAUCUGGAGCGCAUGUCGCGGACUCUGUCUAAUGAAGAGUUUGUUCUGUUGCAGCAGGCGCUGGGCUUAACGUUUGCAAAGCGAGGCUUACUGCUCGAUAGAGCCUUAGACAGGCUGAUCAACCCAACAGAGGUGUUUAUGCAUGACUACAUGCACGCGCUGUUCGUCGACGGUGUUGUGAAUCUCGUGAUCUUCCUAACUUUCGAAGAGUUCAUAUCUGCUGGGCUUAAUGGCGUGUGGGAGUUAUUCUCUGACUUCUUGGCAAAUUGGGUGUCCCCUGGAAGAUUUCACGCUACGCAUGUAGACAGCAUUUUCAAUGCUGAUCGGAAGGACAAGCACAGAAAGGCCCAACACGUAAAAUGCCAGGCGUCUGAUGUAUUGUCUAUUCUUGGCGUGCUGAUGCUAUUCACUCAGACGGUCCUGCGACCUAUGGGGGCAGCCAGUGCGGCUUGCGACGCUAUUGUAGCUUGCGUUCAGCUGUCGCAGCUGGUAGUUGCAACCAGUCGGAUCGACGGCCGCAAGGCGCCCAAGAAGAGCAGGCAGCUGAUCUUGGACGCAUUGGGUUUGGAAGGUGAUGAUAGCCCAGUGAACGCAGGUAAAGAUUCUCGCUUCAGCCAGCUCGGCUUAUGCACGCAAGGGGACGCUGUGCUUUUGAACGGCUCCGAUGGCAUACUUGCCGCCCGCGUGAAGUUGCAUUUCGCAGUCAGUGGAGAAGCUGUUUCUAUGAAGGAGGUUAUGGAACUUUCUCGGCGCACCCCUGGUACUGCAAAGGCAGUGUGGAUACUUUCUGAGACCCCAGUGGAGUGCUGGGAGACCAAAGCUAUUUUGGCUGCAGUAGAACACUGCGUGUACGCAGACGGCACCGCUGGUCAGACCCAGAUGCUUAUUUCGAACGCGGUCGUCAUUGGCCAUGCGUUCGCCGUGCCCAGGCGCCCGGGCGUGGGCAUCAGGGCCCUCGUGCACGCGAGGUUCGACGCGGCGGGGAACUCGCCUGACAAUUUCGAGGCAUCGAGCGCCAGCGCCGUGUCCACGACUCGCGCGUUCCAUCUGUGGAACUGGAAUGGCGUGGGCACGUCCGGCUAUCAUUGCCACGGUCUCGUUCUGAAGCGCUGCUAA